AUGGGCAUCAGCAAAGAAAGAAUCACCCCCAUCAGGGACAAUUGGAAGUGCCUCCUGAUAUGCUUGGCGGUGUCGCUUGCCAACUGUCAGUAUGGGUUCGACACAGCAUCCGUGGGCGGCUUCCAGUCCAUGGUAGGAUUCUUACAGAUCUUUGGCUACCGCGACCCAGAGUCCAGUAUUGGAUGGAGCAUUGGGACUCAGACCCAGCAACUGAUGACCUCGUUCAUUAAUGUUGGCACGAUCUUGGGCGUCUUCGUCACUGCCCCCUUUGCGCAAUACUUUGGUCGGCGACCUGGAAUCUGGGUCGCUAGUCUGGUGAACUUCGUCGCGGCUGGUAUUCAAGUGGGAACUACCUCGCUCGCCGGGCUGUAUGCAGGCAGGAUCCUCAUUGGCUUGGCAAACGGUUACUUCAUCACCUUUGCCAAUGUCUACGUCGCCGAAGUGGCGCCCGCACAUUUGCGCGGCUUUUUGGUAUCCUUCUUCGGCAUCUGGGUCAACAUCGGCAGCGUGUUAGGUGCAGUGGCUGAUAACUAUUCCAAAACGCAUCUCAGCAAACUGUGCUAUCAGAUUCCAUUAGCCAGUCUUUUUGCGGUACCUUUCUUCUUGACCGUAUUCAUGUUCUUCGUUCCGGAGUCACCAAGAUGGCUUUUGGUCCACAAUCGACCGGAACAAGCAAAGCGGGCAUUGGAGAGGAUCCGUGGGAACUCACUAGCCCCAGAGUUUCUCCAUGAAGAAUUCAUCGAAAUGCAAAGGGGCAUCGAGGAAGAGAAGGAACUGGCCUCCUCUGCCUCUGUCUUUGAUAUUUUCAAGGGCACCGAUCUGCGAAGGACAAUUAUCUGCUUUGGAACUAUCCUAUCUCAUGCUGGCGCUGGUUUAUGGCUGAUCAUCGGUUAUGGAACAUUCUUUUUCCAGAUCGCAGGGAUCGAUAAGCCGUUCCAAGCCUCAAUCAUCUCGACAUGCGGCAGCUUUGCUGGAGUCCUGGUCGGCCUAUACUUCACGACCAAGGUGAUUGGCCGACGCCCAUCUAUGCUUUUCGGCUCCGCAGCGGCUUCCAUCUGCAUGCUUGCAAUCGGAAUCGCUUACAGCGUGGGCGGCUCGUCGACCCCCGCUGGGACUGCCAUUGUGGCGUUCAUGGUUCUCUACGGAUUUUUCUACAACGGUUUCUCUGGCACGCUCAGCUGGCCUGUUGCAACUGAGGUGGUCAGCUCGCGCCUCCGCGUCCUGACUAUCGGCGUGUGUACCGGAGUGAACUAUUUCUUCAAUUGGCUCACCAGCUAUACCGCGCCAUACUUCAUCAACCCGGCCCAACUUAACUGGGGCGCCAAUUACGCCUACAUCUGGGCCGGUUCAAACGCCUGUGUGUUCCUCUUCUUCUACUUCAUGCUGCCCGAGAUGAAAGAUCGCUCCCUCGAGGAGCUCGACGAGCUGUUUCAGAACCGUGUCCCCGUCAAAGACUUCAAGAAAUACCAGUGCGUCAGUUCCGAACGGGCCCGUGAGGUCGCGCUCAAGGAGGCUGGCGACGAGAAGACCGACGUCGUUGUCGAGACGAUCGAGGACACCGCAGAUUCGAAGGCCUGA